AUGUCCGCGACAACGUUUUUCCAGCUAGGGGACCGCGCCCAGAAGCUCAAGAAGAUCUUGGAGGACUUUGUCGAGUUCGAAUGCAUCCCUGCAGACGAAGUCUACCUCUCCAGCCGCGGAAAGGAAGGAUCGGCGGACAGGUGGAAAGUCAUCCCACCCCUGCUGGAGCAUCUGAAGAGCCGAGCAAAGUCUCUGGGACUGUGGAACCUCUUCCUUCCUAGCUACUACCCCGAAAGUCCCGGUUUGACCAACCUCGAAUAUGGCGUGCUCUGUGAGGUCAUGGGCCGGUCGCACACGGCUCCUGAGGCGUGCAACUGCGGCGCGCCAGACACGGGCAACAUGGAGGUGUUUGCGAAAUAUGGGUCUGCCGAGCAAAAGAAGCGAUGGCUGGUGCCCUUGAUGGAAGGGAAGAUCCGCUCAGCGUUCGCAAUGACGGAGCCGGCAGUGGCAUCAUCUGAUGCGACGAAUAUCGAGACGUCCAUCGUCAGGCAGGGCAACGAGUACGUCGUCAACGGCCGCAAAUGGUGGAUCUCAGGAGCCGGCGAUCCUCGCUGCGCUGUCUACCUCGUCAUGGGUAAGAACGACCCGGAUAACAACAACAAGCACAAGCAGCAGAGCGUCAUCAUCGUACCCGCCAACACUCCCGGUGUGACUAUCGUCAGGCCCAUGACGGUGUUCGGCUACGACGAUGCCCCGCACGGACACAUGGAGAUGGUAUUCAAGGAUGUGCGUGUCCCUCUCGAGAAUAUGGUGUUGGGCGAAGGUCGCGGGUUUGAGAUCAUCCAGGGCCGUCUGGGUCCUGGUCGGAUCCACCACUGCAUGCGAAACAUUGGCGUCGCCGAACGCGCCCUCGAGUUCCACUUGUUGCGCAUCACCGACCCUGCUCGCAAGGCGUUUGGCAAGACCCUUUCCCAACACGGCAAACAGUCCUUUGAUAUCGCACAGAGUAGGAUGGAGAUCGACCAGGCGCGAUUGCUGGUGCUGCAGGCGGCACAUACCAUGGAUUUGCAUGGCCCAAAGGCGGCUAUGAACGAGAUUGCUAUGGCUAAGGUGAUUGUGCCCAGCAUGACCACGCGGGUGAUCGACCGUGCUAUUCAGGCACAUGGAGCUGGAGGUGUGGGACAGGAUUUCCCAUUGGCUUGGAUGUACGCUACCACCCGGACAUUGAGGAUAGCAGAUGGCCCAGACGAAGUUCACACGAUCCAAAUCGCUAAGAACGAGCUCCGCAAAGUACAGGCCCUCAGAGAGAAGCACCACAAGCAAGAGGAGGCCGAAAAGAAGUUUGCACCCAAACUGUGA